AUGCCGCAAUCUGAUCCCUAUCCUACCAAGCGGACCCCCAAGGGCUCCGCCAAAAGCAGCAAAGCUCGCCCCGCCACCCCCGAAUCCAACACCUUGCGGCACAUGGACAUGUCUCCCAAGGCUGUGGCCCAAUCGAAAAAGGCAUGCCGACCCAGCGGCCAUGGCUCGUCCGACCGGAAGCGUCGGGCGUCUUCUUCGUCCGUCUCGAGCGUCUCCUCGGUUUCUUCGCUGGAAGAGCUGAGCGAAGAGGCGGAUGAAUCGGAAGAUGAUGCAGACGAUGAGGAAGACCGGCCGCUGGCCCACGCUCCAUCUUACGGUCGUCGUCGUCCAAACACCUCCCGCAAGAUGGGGCGCCAACCUUCCAAGAACAAGCGUAGACGUGUCUCCGACGAUGAGUUCUCUCUGGGCAGCGAUAGCGAGACAAACGAUAGUUCCGAUGACGUCUACGCCGCCGUGGACUACAUCACCGACGCGGACGAUGAAGAACAAGAUGUGGAAAAACUCGAAGAGAUGAUGAUCAUGGAAUCUGAGACUGAGCAUCGAGUUAUGCCAUCGUCGGACAUCCACGGUAGCCAGUGGAAUGGCAGCGAGAUCUUCGGAGACUCGAUGCUGCUGCCUGCUGCCUCGUUCUUUGACGAGGAACAGCUUUACACCGCCAUGGACACCUUCGGCGAAACCGACAUGGCCAGCGAAGCAGUGGAAACACCCGUGGCUCGCCGCGUCCACUUUGAGGAGCGAUCCGACACCUCGUCUGACAGCGAAUCCCACACCGACGAUGAGAUUCCCGGUGAUUUCCUCCAGCAAGAUUCUCUCGAUCCCCAGCUGCGUCGGAUGAUCGAGAAUGACAACAACGAAUACCGCCACAGCCACCGUCGCCAGUCCGAAGAGAUGUUUGGCGAUGCCGACUACGGUCACGGAAACAUUUACCACGUCGAGUCCGACGGAACUUCUGAAGGCAGCCUGAGCGGUUAUGAGACCGACGACGGUGAUACCACUGAUGAGGAUCUUCCCUCCCCUGCAACCAUUACACACCCCCGAUCUCUUCUCCGUCGCGAUUCAACGGACUCUCUCACCGCAACUGGUGACGACAAGGCCGAUAGCGCCCCCCGCCGACGAGGUCCCAUCAUGGGAACCUUCGUCGCUGACCCCCACAAGCCCGUUGCCCUCGUCGAUUGCACUGGCAAGCAUCUCGUCAUCAUCCCGGCCUACGCCUCCUCUCGUCACGACUGGCUCGAGUCUGCUGCCAACAGCAUGCCCGGGACUGCGCAAAACAGCCCUCGCCAGACUACCCUGCAAUUGGUUGACGAGAGUGACACUGAUGCCCUUGCAUCCCCCAACCAAACCGACUUUAGCCCCAUGCUCGCAUCCAGUGCGAAUCUGAUGAUGACUGCCCUUGGCAACGACUUGACCCCCGGCGGUCAGGUCAUGGGCCCACCGGAGGCUUUCUAUCCCUCGCAGGACUUCAAUGUCGACAGUUCCUUCGAGGACGACGAUGAAGAUGAUCCCGAGUCGGCGCUCAACGUCGACGACUUCAUCGAUUUUGGUGACGGGUCUUCCGACGAGGAAGAAGAAAUGGGCAAACCCUUCGAGGAUGAUGCUCUUAUCUCCCCCAUGGCUGGCAGCUCUGCCAUCCCACCCAUGGGCACUCCCACCCCCACCCGCAAGAACUCGGAACAGCACGACAGCAAUGCUGAGCGGUUCCUGAACCACCUGGACAAGGGUAUUGUCACUGCCUUCCGCCGCAACCACAAUCGCUACCAGGCCCUUCUUCGGCUGCCCCAGCACCGCGAGUUCAUGCCCGCGAACUCCCCUGCUCGCCCUGCCAGUGUCUUCCGACACGCCAAACACGCCGACCAGCGCACUCCGACUCGGAAGCGCAAGGCGAGCGGCUACGCCGGUGGCGAAGCGGUGCGACGCAAGCUCAUGGACGCUCAGCGCCGUACCCAAGUUCCUCUCUGA